CGACACAGGCACAGCCCACCAGCGGAGGAACCGGUCCCUGGCCUCCUUCGGCCCCUGCGUGGAAACCGCAGGUGCCGGCGGGGCAGCAUCGCGCCGCUGAAUUCUGUCUACAGCCGCUUUCCCUCCGCCCGGCGGCGGCCGCGGCUCGACCCCUGCUCGCUGCCACGCCCGUGCACUGCCGCGCGCAAACGCCCACCCCCGGGGUCUCCCAGGCCGGCGCGGCGGCGGAAAGUGGGGCGCUGGCACCCAGACGCCCCGAGAGCAACACGUGCGUCCCAGAGCACUCGGGCCACCAGGGCCGUACCGGUCCCGGCCCGCAGGCUGACGAUGCGCGUAUUAUGCUGCUACUGCUGCUACUGCUGCUACUGCUGCUACUGAUUGGAAGCAGCCUCAUAUGCUGGAAGUAAGGUUGGAUUAGAAAUCUGGAGACCUAUGUUCUGAUCUGGAUUCUGCUGUUAAUGUGACCUUUGGAAAAACAUAGAGCUGUGUUCCAGAGGUGACAGUUCAUGGCGCAUACAGUGAGAGUGUGCUAUUUGGCACUUAUUUUUAUCAUCAUGUCACUGUUAGUUAAAGCAAAAAUAGAUGUGUGCAGGAGAGGAGAUGUGACUGUGAAGCCUUCCCAUGUAAUUUCACUUGGAUCAGCUGUCAACAUUUCAUGCUCUUUAAAGCCCAAACAAGGCUGUUCUUGGUAUUCCCGUAAUGACAAGUUGAUCCUCUACAAGUUCAGCGAAACAAUCAAGUCACAGCAGGGUCACACCCUCAGUUUUCAAGACUCAGGUCUUCCUCUGGGUACAACACUGUUUGUCUGCAAACUGGCCUGUAGCAAUAUUGAGAAGAUUCGAAUAUGUGGGGCAGAGGUCUCAGUUGGUGUUGUUCCAGAACAGCCUCAAAACUUGUCUUGUAUACAGAAGGGAGAACGUGGGACUGUGGCCUGCACCUGGGACAGAGGACGAGACACCCACCUAUAUACUGCAUAUAUUUUACAGUUAAAUGGAUCAAACAAUUUAACUUGGCAGAAGCAAUGUAAUGAUCAGUACUGUGACCAUUUGGACCUUGGAAUCACCCUAACCCCUGAAUCACUUGAAUCCAGUUAUGUAGCCAAGGUUACCGCUAUCAAUAACCUUGGAAGUGCUUCUUCAUUUCCAUCUACAUUCACAUUCAUGGACAUAGUGAGGCCUCCUCCUCCGUCGGACAUCAGAAUCAAAUUUGUGAAUGCUUCUGUGAGCAGAUGUACUCUUCAGUGGACAGAUGAGAAUCUGGUGCUACUUAAUCGACUCAGAUACCGCCCCAGUAACAGCAGAUCCUGGAAUAUGGUUAAUACUACAAAUGCCAAAGGAAGACAUGAUUUGCUGGAUUUGAAACCAUUUACGGAAUAUGAAUUUCAGGUUUCCUCUAAGCUACAUCUUUAUAAAGGUAUUUGGAGUGACUGGAGUGAAGCAUUGAGAAUACAAACACCUGAAGAAGAGCCUAACGGGACAUUAGAUGUCUGGUACACAAAACAGAACAUUGACUACAAUAGACAACAGAUUUCUCUUUUCUGGAAGAAUCUGAGUGUGUCAGAAGCAAGAGGAAAAAUCCUCCACUAUCAGGUGACCUUGCUGGAGGUGGCAGGAGGGAAGGCCACACUACAGAACAUCACAGAGCAUACCUCCUGGACUUGGGUCAUUCCCAGAACUGAGAAGUGGGCUGUGGCUGUGUCUGCAGUGAACUCAAAAGGCAGUUCCCUGCCCACUCGCAUUAACAUAACAGACCUGUGUGGGGCAGGGUUGCUGGCUCCUGGCCAGGUCUCUGCAAACUCAGAAGGCGUGGACAACAUUGUGGUGACGUGGGAGCCUCCUGGAAAAGCUGCCUCUGCUGUCCAGGAGUACGUGGUGGAAUGGAGGGAGCUCCAUCUGGGGGCCGUCAUGCAGACCCCCCUAAACUGGCUGCGGAGUCCCCCCUACAACGUGUCUGCUUCGAUUUCCGAGAACAUAAAACCCUACAUCUGUUACGAAAUCCGCGUGCAUGCGCUGUCGAGGGGCCAGGGAGGAUGCAACUCCACCCGGGGUAACUCUAAGCACAAAGCACCACUGAGUGGCCCCUACAUUAAUGCCAUCACAGAGGAAAAGGGGAGCAUUUUAAUUUCAUGGGACGAAAUUCCAGCCCAGGAGCAAAUGGGCUGCAUCCUCCAUUAUAGGAUAUACUGGAAGGAACAGGACUCCAAUUCCCAGCCUCAACUUUGUGAAAUUCCCUAUAAGGCCCCUCCAAAUUCACAUUUGAUAGGCAGCCUGCAGCCCAGAGUAACAUACGUCCUGUGGAUGACAGCUCUGACAGCUGCUGGCGAAAGCCCCCAGGGAAAUGAGAGGGAAUUCUGUCUGCAAGGUAAAGCGAAUUGGAGCACAUUUGUGGCACUGAGCAUUUGCAUUGGUAUUACCAUCACAGUGGGCAUUUUCUCAGUGUGUUACUUCCGGCAAAAGGUGUUUGUGCUCCUUGCAGCCCUCAGACCUCAGUGGUGCAGAGAAAUUCCAGACCCAGCGAAUAGCACUUGGGCCAAGAAAUAUCCCAUUGUGGAGAAGGCACAGCUGCCCUUGGACAGGCUCCUGACAGACUGGUCUGCUUCCGAAGAACCUGAGCCCCUGGUCAUCAAUGAAGUCCUUAAUCAAGUGGCCCCCAUCUUCCGACAUCCCCUUCGCUCCAAAUGGCCAGAAAAGGGACGAGGAGUCCAAGGUCACUAUUCCUCUGAAGAAGACAGUGCCUCAAGCCCAUCACCUCCAAGUGCUCUCUCAGUGGAGACAGGACAACUAGUGGAUCUGUACAAGGUGCUGGGGAGCAGGGGCUCUCACUCCAAGCCCCGAAACCCAGCCGGCCCCUUGCCAGGCCUCCUUGUGGACUACCUUCCCACCCACGAGGGCUACUUACCCUCCAACACAGAUUCUCUCCCUUCACAGGAGGCUCCUACAGCUGACCCCCUGGAAGAACUAGAGCCUCAGCACAUCUCUCUCUCCAUUUUCCACUCAAGUUCCCUUCACCCGCUCACCUCCUGUGGUGAGAAGCUAACUCUGGAUAGGUUAAAGAUGGGGUGCAGCUCCCUCAUGCUUUGAGUGGCAAAGCUUGAAAACUGGAGUACACACCCCCCCCAACCAGCACAGCAUGCCCGUCAACCCAGCCCCCUGCUCCAGGUGCCACCACCUCUAGGUGCAUGCCACCAUCAGCUGGAGCGCAGUCAAGCCAGCUCAGAGUGGAUCUCGGGAACGGAAUUGGCUAUAACCCAGAUACCUCAUCUUGCCUUGUCCAGAGCCUUAAGAUUACAUCCUCCACUGUGUGGACCUAGAGACUCCAAUAGAAGGCCUGCAACUUUCUUGACUACGCUGGCCAGAAAGGGGAAAGGAAACCAAAACUCUCACUAGCAGUAGCAUAAGUCCAGAGGACCAUUCAUGCAACUGUUUAUAAAGCAGCUGUUACAUACCAGAUGUUGUCUAGAUCAGUACUGUUCAAUAGGCCUUUCUGAGAAGUCUUCUAUAUAUUAUCUACACGGUUCAAUACAGCAGACACUAAGCACAUUGGCUGUUCACUCUGGAAUGUGACUAGUAUGACUGAGGAACUGAAUUUUGACUAAUUAAAAAUCACAAGUGGCUAGUGGCUGCUGUAUGAGAAAACGGCCCUAGACGAUGGACACACUAGUCAUUACAGCAGAACCAUCAAAACAGAUCAACCUAGUCUUAUACACGUGAGGACAUAAAAGACCCUAGUGAACACCAAUAUAGGUGCUCCCACGAUGGUCGUGACUGUCCUUAUUUGUGGAAGCCUAAGACUACCUUUUUGGUAGUUUUGCUAGUUUAUUUUGCCUUCACCUUCUUUCAGUGAAUCAAGAGCAGCUGGACGGUGGACAGCUAUCAGAAACCUAGUUAGGACCUUAAGCAAUCAGCCUUCCCUCUGAAAUCAGAUGUCUUGAUAAGGAGUGGGAUGAAGGCUCUCUGACCCCAUGUUUCCUCCACCUGCUGCAGCAAGUGCUGCCUUAAAGACGAGGGCGGUCUCAGAUGCGUCUAAGACCCAACUACCACAGUUGCACUCUUAAGUCCCCCAUCCCGAAGACAUCCUGCUUUCCUUCCUCAGGAACUGAGCUGGUUCUCAGGUCCACAUUGAGCCUGUAGUUCUCUCCUCCCCAGAACCAACUUGGAACAUAACAUGUUUUACUCCUUUAGAGCUCUGGCCCCUGGCUUGUCACCUUCCCCUCGCCCAUCGCUGCCUCUGUUCCUUCACUAUAGGCACUUUCUGAGCUGCUGGGAGUCUUGGUUUAAAUGCUAAUAGUACUCUUCCCAAAAGAACAGGAAUGAAAGGUCCAAGAACAUUUUCCUUAAAAUCCCUGUCAAGCCUGGGACCUACCUACAGCCCUGUGCCAUCCAAACACUAGAAUUGAGACAGUUCUAUUAGGUUUACCAAACAUACCUCAGAGCUCUAGAAAUCAAAGUAACACUUCUUAUUCAUGUUUAACUCUUCAUUCAUGCUUCCUGCCAGUCCACACUUAACAUGUUUAGUUCUCCCAGGCUUUCUUUGAAGAGCUCAAGCUCUUCCUUACAUCUCUAUUCUACUUUUCAGCCGCUGUGCAACACCCCACGAGUCUCCCCGAUCUUAGCAGCUUCAGCAGUGGCUUGUCUGCAACCAGAAUGUGGUGCCCUUUUGUUUGCAAUAGGCCGAGACAGACAAGGCCACCUUGAGAAGCCAGCAAACCUAUCACCUCUUGGCAAUGGAAGCCAAUUUUUCUUUCUUGAAAUACCUGUUUUUCGUUAUCUUUGAGUUUCUUUUGAUUACCUGAUAUCCAUCUCAGUCAGUCCUCCCUUCCCCACCUGUCCCCAAAGACCAGCUCCCAGUCUCCCUUUUACCCCUCUACACAUCCUUUCCCUCCUCUUAAAAGCCCCGGGGGAUACUGCAGUCUUCAUCUGUUUUCCUAAAGAACCAUGCAUGUUUCCCCAGCACCAUGCCUGCUGCAUACAUAGUAGGCUAUUAAUAAAAAGUAAAAGAUGUCACCACUGCUUUCAUCUUGUUACGUUCAGAAGCCAGUCCAGCUGUGCCUGCUUCCUUUAUUGGAACAACUGAGUUUGCAUCUGUUCCGCUUCGCUCCCAACCCCUUUUCUACCCCUGUUCACUGACAGCACUGCUAUAAUAAACUAAACUGCAGUUUAGUUUAAAAACAUAUUUGAACAAGACGGGCUGCUCACUCUGCCAGAUAAAAUGUCCUCUUGCCAUGAAUGACAGAUAGGUAACUUCCUUCUACCCUUGCCCCAAGUAGUUUUCACACUCCCUCUUCCUGCCACUCCCCCCACCCAACAAAAUCCCAAAUUAGGUUGCCUAGUUUACCAGGAGGAGCUCACCAAUAUAUAGGUGGAGCUCACCGAAUCAUACAGCCAGACUUUCAUUCCUCAAAGAAAACUAGUAAUGAUUUAAAUCCUCACUCCUGGUAUACAUCCAAAGUCAACCCAGAAAUCUCUGCUAUUUAAACACAUCAAAAUUCUCAGGGACCUAAAUACUACAAAUAAAGUCCAAAUUCACGCUUAAUGGAUUCAUGAGAAUCUUCACCAUUAAUUCUUGUAUAGAAAUCCUUACUUUGAAUUGCUCCUUUAAAGGGCCCUCUUUCCCAUAAGCCAGAUUUUGUUUCCUGAGCUUCUCUCUUCCUAACUGACAAUACGAAAAGUCAAACUAGUGUUAUCUAGUUCUUCCCUUUUACUGCCUUUUCCCCUCCACCCUGUCCCAAUUUCUCAGCUUCCAUUAAUAGUCUACAGCUGCAACUACUGAUGCCCUGAGGCCAGUGAAAGAGAUGCCAAGCUAGGCACAUUCUAUUCUAGUCAAGCCCCCAUGUUCGAUUCUUUUUUUUCUCCAUCAAGCUCUGCCUUUUUCUUUCCCUUGAUGCAGUUAAUCAUCUGUCCCAACAUCACUGCUCAAGCCCUCCAAAGGAGCCGUUUUUCUCUUCCUAACCUGCAGGACUCAUGUUCACAUUAUCCAACCUUAUUUAAGGCUGACAGGUGAAUCCUCAAGUAAAUCACUCUGUAGAAUAAGAUAUCAUAAAGGUCUCUUUCCCCUAAAAAACAUAAAUAAGCAAUUCCAAUCAAUAGGCUAACUGACAACGAAAAGAAACAAGUCAGAUCUUUACAUCAGCCUAUACUGGAAUAAGUUUCCAAUUAAAACUGCAAAACUCACACACACCAAGUUAGAUAAAAAUAUUUGCAACAUAUGCCCAUGGAUAACGUAAUUAAAUAAGGCACUUACAGAUCAAUAUGAAAAAAGCCAACACUUCAAAGAAAAAUGGAUGGAGUUAAAAACAUAAAAUACAUUAAAUGCCCAAUAAAUAUGAAAAACACAAUAACCUGUAGUCAAAGAAAUAAAACUUAAAACACUAUUUUUCACUUACCAAAUUAGCAAAACGAAAUUUUAAAAAUCAGCCAGUAUUGAGAAAUUGGUGUUCACAACCAGGUAUGCUAGCUGGCUCCUUUCUGGAGGCAGCUGGGCAAUACAACUCUACUCCUAGCAAGGUAUACCAAUAUCAGUAUAAAUAACAUGAGUAAAAUUUGUCACAGCAUUGAUGAAAAUGGAAGGAGCCAAAAUGCCCUUUAGUAGGGAUUUGGUUAAAUCAUCUAUAAAACAAAACACUGAAUUUCAUCAAAUAUAAGACUACCAAUUUUAGAAUACCCCAUUGUUUUAAAUAGAAAAAAAUAUGGCUAAUUAAACCCUAAUAUGCCAUCGAUUUCUAUAGCGCACACCCCCUCCUCCACAUUUUAACAUGCCUGAAACUGGAAUGGAUCUUAAAAUCGACAAAAAACAUACUAUGCAAUCUUUUAUAAACAAUAUUUGACAUGAAAAUGCUGUUACAAAAGACUGAAUAGAACCAUCUCAUCUUAAUAAAUCAAUGCAAAAACAUUUUGAAAUAUACACCAAAAUGCUAACAGUGGUUACCUCCAGCCGUUAAGUUUUUAGAUUACAUUUUUGCAUUUCCAUUGCAAAUACUCAUUACUCUUAUAAUUGGAGUCAAUGAAAUAUACAUUAUCAUUUUUUUUCCCCAUAGACUUGGGUCUAGAGCAGCGGUUCUCAACCUGUGGGUCGUGACCCC